UAUUGUUUCGUCAAAUGAUCUUCGCGCUUUGCUGUUGCGCACUGUAGAAGGCCGAAGCUUACUGGGGAAGAAUCUCACGGAGUCGUCAAGGCAGCAGUUAUGCCAAGUAAUAUCAAAGGAGAUUCUUCGAGAUGAUGCUCAAAGGCCUGUCACGUGCUUUGUUUACCAAUAUUGGGCAAAGCAAAUUGUAGAAAACUUUCCGAGAGAGUCGGCUGAAACAUACUUUCACACUGCAGUCAUAAACUGUCAGAAAAAAUCCUUGGGGAAGUUGUUUCAUUGUGUAGGCAACCUGAAGAAGAGAUACAGAGCUCAGGGAAUUAUAAUCCCUAGAGAGAAGUCUGCAAGCGGAAGUGAAAAAUCUUACAAAUCGCAACAGCUGAGGCCGAUACCUGCGGCACUUAAUACAAAUUCGCCAAAGGAAAACCUAGAAGAAGACCUUCAGUGGUUGAGAACAUCAACGGAACAGCCGUAGUGUUAACUAAGUGGCGGUUAACCGCGAAAGAAAGAUUGCGCCGCGUUCUCGCAAACGACGGGCCUAGUAUUGCAGAUUAUAUGGAAGAAUUUCCUUGUAUGAAAAAAAGUUACGCCCCAAGGCUUAUUGCAGCAGACUUUGAGGUAGCUUUUCCCAACCUUCAGAACAAGCUUUAUGAAAAGUUUCCAACAAUCACAGCAAAGCUGUACGAACUUGGAAAACGGAAGAAGAGUAAAGACAAACUACUGCCUUCACUUUUCGAAUUGAUUAACGAAUCAGAAGACGCAUCUAAUCUGGGUGCAUUUCUCCUCAUCCCCUAUCUUCUAAAUGUUCACACAGUAAGAUCGUCGCAUAAGAAAUGGCGGCUUUCACAUGUAGAGGUGCGUGAUAAUUUUAUCGGCAUAGUCUCCGACGACCUUCACGUGGAGGAAGAACUGAAAACUAGACAAAGUAUAAAAGAAAGUAAGAAACUAACAUUACAACCUUACAUUUUGGCUGUUGGGCCUACAUUAAAAAAUAUAAAUAGAUACAUCGUUGUAAUAAACGAUAUUACAUACUCUUUUGACACUGUUUUGCAAGCAGUUGAUACCUAAUUGUUUUAAAGCGAUUUGGGUGAUGAAUGCUGCAUAUGCCCCCGAAUCUAAAUUUGUGUGGACUUUUAUUCAAAAAUUUUGUUACGAACUAAACUCUCCUCACGAUGAAGUCUCUAACUGUAUUUUAAGUCUCCUCACAGACGUAGAACAAGAGUAAAUACUGCCUGUUUGUUUUCUUUGUAACUCGGACGUAAUCUUAAAGAAUCUGCGCGAUAAUUUCAAUUUGCGACAUAGUGACCAUGCACAGAACGAAAAAAGUUAUUUUUUAUUAAUAAAUA